GUGUUAAUAUCCUGAGAACUGAACUUACCCAGUAUCUUCUGAUGAUUUAACUACACAACGCGUUUGUAAGUUAAAAGUGCCAAUCAUUGCAUUACGUGGAACGUUGCUGACGCUGAGAAAAUCGUUACAUAAUAUGAGAAAUUAUACAUGUCAAGAGCUACAGAGUCACUUUUCUGUUGAAUCAAGCGAAAUCAAUUUGGACAAAAUUCUGGCAACAGGCCAAGUUUUCAGAUGGCGGAAGUUUGAGGACACUUGGUUUGGUGUUAUCAGAAACAAAGUAUGGGUUCUACGACAGGACAUGUCUGGAAUUCAUUACACAUUCCAUCUUGUGUAUGAAGAAAAUGAAAAGGAAAAUGUAAAUGUGAAGCCAGUUGACGAGUUGUUUGAAUACUUCAACCUCAACCACAAACUAUCAGAGAUAACCAAACCAUGGAUAUCAUCAGACAAACACCUCAGCUCGCUCCUCACAUCACACCAGGGCCUCAGACUUAUCAGGCAGGACCCUUACGAGUGUUUACUGGCCUUUAUAACGUCCUCCUGCAACAACAUUCCCAGAAUAUCUUCCCUCAUGCUUAAACUCUCUCAGCUUUCCCAGCAUAGUGUCACAAUUAAUGACACUCAGUUUCAUAGCCUCCCCGAUAUCACUAUUUUCCAGAAACCAAACACUGAGCAGAAAUUGCGGGCGCUAGGGUUCGGCUAUCGUGCAAAAUACCUGGUUUCAGCAAUGUGCGAUGUUUCAGGACGAGGAGGAUUGGAAUGGCUGGAAUCUCUGAGGCAUGUGGAGUUGAGUGAAGCUCGGAAAGAGUUGAGCGAACUUGCUGGAGUGGGCCCUAAAGUUGCUUCUUGUGUGUGUUUGAUGUCCCUUGAUAAACACGAUGCCGUCCCCAUUGAUACCCACAUUUAUCAAGUCGCUGUUAAGUACUAUGGAAGACCAAAUAAAUCUCUAACACCAGCACUACAUAACUCUAUCGAGAAGUUCUUCCAAACAAAACACGGACUGUUUGCUGGCUGGGCUCAAGGAUAUCUCUUUUACUCCAACUCUAAAAAAGAUGUCAAACCUAAAAAAGUUGUCCUAGAGAACGACUCCAAAACAGAUGUUAAAUCUAAAGAAGUUACUCUCAAGAAUAGCUCCAAAAAAGAUGUCAAGCCUAACAAAAUGACUGUCAACAACAAAAACAAGAAUAAAAACGUAAACCAGAAAAAUAAACCAGAAAAACGACCUGUUGAUACAAAUGGUACGAAUUGUGAGGUAAUCAUUGAUCUCGAUGGCAAUCUUACUAAGGUUUUACCGAGAACAAGGUCAAAGAGAACAAAAUCUUAAGGUUAAUUUAGGUAUCUAUUUUUACAUUGAUAGGCAAUGCAGUUGGCUUUUAUAUAUUUGAAUUUUGAAAUUGAAGUUUUGAUGUUUUUACCAAGCUUUAUCUCGUUUCAUUCAAGUUUUUCUCAUCUCGUAUUGGGAAGAAUUAUAUUAUGUGAACUAACCGAAUUCAACUGGAUUAUUAUUUCGA